UUGAAAUUGAUUCAAGAGACUGCGCUGUAUUUUCUUGUCAGAAUGCCAUCCUUUGAGUUCUAAAACCAGUUAAUGACACAAUUGAUUGACACGUAUUCGUUGGUGAAUUGUUAAUAACUCUGGCAAAGAGAAUGAGCUAUUAAAAUGGGACCUGUCAAAGAAACUUCAGGAAAGUAUCGUCACUCAUCUUUGCAUCUUAGUCAACUUAUUCGGAGAAAUAAAGCUGUCUGCAUGGUAACAUCUACGCCUGUGAAAUUAAACAGAGAACAGCAUUCGAAGCUUGAAUGGCCUUUCUCGGUAGAAGAAAGUCCGAAUCUCUCUCUUGACCGUCGUUCCCUGAUAAAAUGUGUUGCAAACAGUGCUCUGCAAUGUAAAAACACCAAGGAGGGUAACAAUUUAGACACACUUCCUGCUGCACCAACUGGAUCGACUGAUAAAACUUGCUUUGUAAAUCGAACUACAGAAGGAAACAGUGAUAAAAAGAAUUCAGCACCUAGCAAGGUUGAUUUUGAUCCCAGAAAUGAGGUUGGAAAGUGGAGAAUAAUGAAUUCAGACGAAGAGAAUGAGUAUCAGAGCAAUAUAAAAAAUUCUGUGACAAAUAGUAAAUACAUUAAAAAUAGGAUUACUGCAUCAUCAACUGACGUACAAUGUUCGACACGGAAGGAGAAACCUCAGAAAGUAAAUUACAGCAUCAAUAGCAGGGAAUCUUUACCAAUUUAUGAAGCAAGAGUAGACGAUGAAUUGGAUGCGACAAGUGAAAUAUUUCCAACAUCUAUUAGUAAGCCUAGUAACAAUGUUCUCUUAAUCGAGAAACCACUGGACAAUGUAGAGGUUUUACAAACAAAAAGUAUUUAUCGAAAGAUUACACCCUCAAAAGCACUAAAAGACCGGAAGAACACGUCUGACCGAAAUAAUGAUACACCUGCAGCGAGAAGAUCAAGCAGAAAAAGGUGUAAACCCUUGGAAUAUUGGAAUGGAGAAAGGUUCAAAACAACAAGAGAUGAUUCUCCAGAAAUUGUGCCUAAUGUAGAUUACAUAAAUGCAAAAGGGAAAAAAAUGAAGAAGGUACGAGAUGCUGAAACAGAGUUAAAAAACGUUCAACAGAGUAAUGAGGUUUCGAUAAGUAUUCCAAGUACAGGAAUUUCUCAUAAAGCUGAAACAGAAAUCGCUAGUGAAUCAUCGAUUGAAGAGAGAAAUGAAAACAGAGUGAUUUUCAAAUCAAAGUCAAGAAUCAAGUCCAAGAAAGAAGUUAGAUUUUCUGGAACCACAGCUGAAACAGGCAGCCCUGUGCUCAAAGAAAAUUCAAAAUCAGACUGGCAUGUAAACUUUCAUGGAAUAAAACGAAUGCCAAAAGUGCUAUUAAACUUUGACAAUUUUAGUAUUUUGCCUGGCUUGAAUACAGUUAUGGGAAUUGUAUCAAGUUCUAUUAUGCAGAUGCCCCCAAAUGGGAUGAAUAGGAGUCAAGCACCAGAUCACCAUCACAUGGUGUUUUGUAUCAUGGCGGGUAAUGUGGUAGUAACAAUUCAUGAGACGAGCAUUAAAAUGGACACUUAUGGACAUUUCACUGUACCAUGUGGGAUUUCGUACACUCUUGAGAAUAUUAGCGAGCAACAGGCUAUCCUCAGCUGCUUUGAGAUUGCCAAUGGCAGAUAUAAGUGA